AUGGGUUACAACCACUACUCGUGUUCGCCUAAUGAAACGACGAUCCGUUCCAACGCAAAGGCUCUCGUUGAUCUAGGGCUGGACGCCCUCGGAUAUCGAUAUGUUGGAAUCGACUGCGGAUGGACGGUAGCAGAUCGACUGUCAAACGGAUCUCUCACCUGGAACGAGACACUGUUUCCCAGUGGUUUCCCAGCUGUCGGCCAGUACAUCCAUGAUUUGGGCUUGCUAUUCGGAGUCUACGAGGACGCAGGCAUCAAAACCUGUGAUACCGGAAUUGAUCAAGUGGGCAGUUUGUUUCACGAGGAUCAAGACGCAGCAACUUUCUUGUCGUGGAAUAUCGAUGCGCUCAAAUACGACAACUGUUACUCCGAGGAGCCGACGGGAUACCCUAACACAGACUAUGCACCCAGCACAUCCCCGCGCUUGCGAUACGCCAAUAUGACCAAGGCUCUCGCAGCGCAAGACAAAAAGGUUCUUUUCCAGAUCUGCGAGUGGGGAGUCGACUUCCCGGCUCUUUGGGCCCCGGAAUUAGGCCACACCUGGCGCAUUGGCAAUGAUAUUAUCCCAGCAUGGCGAGCUAUCUUCAGAACCCUCAACCAAGCCGUGCCGCAGACCUCGUUCGCGGGACCUGGGCAAUGGCCAGAUCUGGAUAUGAUGGAGGUCGGAAAUGAUAUUCUGACUGUACCAGAAGAACAGACUCAUUUCUCGCUGUGGGCUAUUCUGAAGAGUCCGCUCGUUAUUGGUGGUGCGCUGAAGGAUGAGUGGACGGCAAUUAGCGAUGCUUCUCUGUCUAUCCUGUCCAACAAGGACGUUAUUGCGUUCAAUCAAGACUCCCUGGGACAGAGUGCUAGUCUCCGACGUCGAUGGUCUGACCAAGGAUAUGAAGUCUGGAGUGGGCCUUUAUCUGGGGGACGAACAGUGGCAGCAGUUAUCAACUGGGCUGAUGAGGCUCGAGAGUUGACGUUGAAUCUGCCAGAUAUCGGGCUGCAGUUUGCUGGCACCGUCAAGGACAUCUGGAACGAGAAAACAUCCUCGGACGUGAAGACGAGCUACACAGGCAAGGUUGAGCCACACGGAGUGUUGCUCCUUGAGCUGCAGGAUACUACCUCAGCAGGGACAUAUACGAGCAAGGCAUUUGCGACGGUAAACAGUGAUCAGACAACAUUCCGCUCAGUUUACGCCAACACGACCAGUGCGAAUCACACUCUGACAAUAGAAUUCGAGGAAUCAGCUGCAUCAGAGACGACUCUUACUCUGGAAUCAUCCUCGCAAAAGGUUGAGAUCCCCGUGUCGAGUUCUGCAAAGAAAGCAUCCGCAACUAUAUUCUUGGCCGCGGGCUCUUCGAACGAGUUCGUGAUUCACUCGAGCAGUAAGCUGAAAUCAAUCAAUAUCGAGUCCCCAUCAGGAGAGUAUUACCCAUGCACCUCGUUUGCUCUGGGUGGAUCUUCCAAACUAGAAGAGUGUGAUGCCGGCUUCUGUGCUCCUGUCGGAUCCAAGAUCGGAUACAUCGCUGCUGAAAGCAGCGUGCAGAUCACGAUUCCUGCCACUGUGGACGAGUCACAGAAUGGCACAGCCUCCAAGUACUUGGAGAUUGACUAUAUCAAUAAUGAUAUUGCCUUGGCGACGAGUUGGGGCUGGGGGUCGAGUUCUAGAAACAUGACGAUUUCUGUGAAUGGCGGUGAUACUGUUCGACUGGAGGUUCCGCUCACAGGUCGGCAUAGCGAGUUAUUCGGUCCUGGAAAGGGUUGGUGGGAUAGUUCGAAGCUGGGCAUCUUGUUGGAUGGCUUUAAGGAUGGCUCUAAUGAGGUGGUCAUUGGAAAUGAUGUUUCGGGUGAAGUAUCACAGACGUACGGAGCUGACUUCGUGGGCCUUCGAUUCUUCGACUAA